AUGAAAAGCCCGAUACAAUCGGAAUCCCGCAGCGCUGGUAAUCUAGGCAGGGAGUUUCAAGUCGGAGCAAAUGUCAAGACUCGGACAAUUGCUGCUGCGGCUGGCUCGGUUUGGGAGUACCCUGCACAAUGA